AUGGGGUUCAUUUCGUCUCUUUUGUGUUGCUCAUCCUCUCAGACCGUCAGUCAAAAGGAAAAGCCGAAAAAGAAGCUUUCUCCUUCACCGCAGCAAUCUAGAAUUCACGCUACCCUGUCCAAUUCAACACGGCAGAUGAACUUGGCUCCGUCCAAGUCAGGGCCCGCCACGGUGAAUAAAACUAAAACCGCUGUCUCUAAGAAGAGCGGUAUUAACGUAGCAGCUGCAGCUGCGAGCUCCUCAGGUCAUAAUGAAAAUGAUGACGAAGAUUCUGAUGAUGACGCAAUGGAGGUUGACGAGGAAAUGAAAAAAGACGACAAACAAGUCGUGAGCGUUUACAAUGGUGAAACAGAAUCGAGUACCGGUACAGCAGAGGAACCUGCAGCCACCGCCCAUAAAGAGAACGAAGAAGAAAGUAACGAGGUCACUACAGUGGUGCAUGAGGCAGACCACUCCAGCAGUGCAGAAGACUCGGACGCAAUGGCCCAAGACCAUAGCGACCUGGAGGUAGUUCCAUCCUAUGACUAUGAUCCAGAUGAGGAGGUUAUCGACCUCACUGCUUUGCAGCCUGAUCAGGCCCAUGCCCCAGGGUGCAGUACCCUACUUGGUCCCAAGAGUCCGGAGUUUAAAGGGAAAAAAUGUUUAAUCUUGGAUUUAGAUGAAACAUUAGUGCACUCAUCCUUCAAGUAUUUAAGAACUGCAGACUUCGUUAUUCCAGUUGAAAUUGAUGAUCAGGUGCACAACGUUUAUGUCAUCAAAAGGCCUGGUGUAGAUGAAUUUUUGAAGCUUGUGGGCCGCAUCUAUGAAGUUGUAGUUUUCACUGCUAGUGUUUCCCGUUACGGUGAUCCUUUAUUAGAUGUUCUCGAUCGUCAUGAAUCCAUACAUCACAGGCUGUUCAGGGAUUCGUGCUACAACUACGAAGGGAAUUAUAUUAAAAAUCUAUCUCAAAUUGGCAGACCUCUAAGUGAUUUGAUCAUCUUGGACAAUUCCCCUGCCUCAUAUAUCUUCCAUCCACAGCAUGCAGUUCCGAUAUCCUCAUGGUUUUCAGACAUACAUGAUAAUGAACUUCUUGACAUCAUGCCAUUAUUGGAGGACCUUGCGCAAGAAAAAGUUCCUGAUGUGGGAAAGGUUUUGGACGUCACUAUAUGA